UUCUGCCUCUUUGACUGCAGAGAUGGCUCCCAAUGCUUCCAGCCUCUGUGUGCAUGUCCUUUCCAAGGAAUGGGAUUUAAUGACCUUUGAUGCCAACCCAGAUGACAGCAUGAAGAAAAUCAGUGAACAUGUCUGUUCUAAGACCAAGGUUCCUGUGCAGGACCAGGUUCUUCUGAUGGGGUCCAAGGUCCUAAAGCCACAGAGAAGACUCUCAUCUUAUGGCAUUGACAAGGAGAAGACCAUCCACUUCACUCUGAAAGUGGUGAAGUCCAGUGAUGAGGAGGUGCCCUUGACUCUCAUGGAGUCAGGUGAUGAGGGGCAGCAGCACCAGGUGUGAAGAACAAGCUCAGUGGCAUAGGUGAAAGCAAUGAUCGAGACCAAGACAGGUGUAACCCCUGAGACCCAGAUUGUGACUUGCAAUGGAAAGAAACUGGAAGAUGGGAAGAUGGAAGAUUAUGGAAUCAGAAAGGGCAAUUUACUCUUCCUGACAUAUUAUUCCAUUGGAGGGUGACCACCCUGGGGACUGGGUGUUGUUGGGGGCCAAAAAGCCUAUUUCUUUUAAUCUCUUACUCAAUGACCACAUCCUUUGAUGAUUUCCCAAAAUUAAUGAGAAUGAGAGGAGCAGGGUAAGAUUUGGGUGGGAUGGGUGGGAUGAAGAAUAUUGUCCAACUCUAUGUUUCUUUGAUUCUAAUACAAUUAAUUAAGUGGCAGGAUAUUUAAAAUGUAUUACUGA